AUGAAGAUUGUUGAGGAAAGAGUAGAAAUAGAUCCUCCAGGCGAGAAAUUGGAGCUUCAAAGAGAUUUUCCUACACCUAUUCUGACUGCUGUGCCACGGUAUUCACUGUUCACUGGAGACUCAGUUACUCUGAGAUGUGAGCUGACUCAGUCACAGAAUGGAUGGGAGUUUCUCUGGAGAAAAGACUCAAACCGUGAAUCUACUGGAGCUGCAACUAGAACAAUCAAUUCUGUGAAAGUCUCUGAUGGAGGAGAGUACAAGUGCAGAGCACGAAGAGGAAGAUAUUACACAGGUUACAGUAAACCAGUAAUAGUGACAAUAUACGAAAGACCAAAAGCCAAAGUGACCAUUAAACCUGCUCAACAUGUAUUCAGAGGAGACACAGUCACUCUCAGAUGUGACAUAAAUGGUGAAGGAGUCACUAGCUGGAGCUACAGCUGGUAUAAAGAAGUUUCAGCCAGUGUUUUCAGUUAUCGACAGGAACACACAUUCAGUUCUGUUACUGAGUCUGACGCAGGUAAAUACACCUGUAAAGGAUCAGAGACAGAAGGAUCACGCUGGUCACAAAUGAGUGAUGCAGUUACACUGACAGUAUCAGAUCCCAGAGCAGUUUUAAGUUUUUCUCCACAUAUGUGGUUGACUGAAGGAGAUCCAGUGACUCUGAUCUGUGAGGUUUACAACUUUUCUACAGGCUGGACAUUCAGCUGGUUCACUUUGACUGUCUCAGCAAAGAACAGCCGUCAUUAUAAUCUGCUCUCAGACAGCAGCAGAGGAGCAGGAGGAAACUACACUGUCAGUUCUGCUGCUCUAAAUCACACAGGAGUUUAUUCGUGCAGAGCAGAGAGAGAGAAACCAGUCUAUAAAACACAGUACAGCAACACACAGCUGCUGUGGGUCACUGGUGUUUCUCCUCCAGUCUCUCUGAUCGUCAGUCCCUGCAGAACUCAACACUUCACAUCUGUCUCUCUCUCUCUGAGCUGUGAGGACCAGAGUAACUCUACUGGAUGGAGAGUGAGAAGAUACACAGACGGUGGACGGCUGGAAGAUUGUUCAUCAUUACGUCGAGGAUCACAAACAGGAUCUACAUGUACAAUCAGCUCCACCAACACAUCAGACACUGGAGUGUACUGGUGUGAGUCUGAAUCUGGAGGGAAACAUCAUCCUGUUAAUAUCACUGUACACUCUGGUGUGAUUCUGGAGAGUCCUGUUCAUCCUGUGACUGAAGGAGAUCAUCUGAUUCUGCGCUGUUUAUAUCGACAUAAAACCUCACCAAACCUCAGAGCUGAUUUCUAUAAAGAUGGAUCACUCAUCCAGAAUCAAACUACAGAGAUGAGCAUCACUACUGUCUCAAAGUCACAUGAGGGUUUCUACUACUGCAAACACCCAGAGAGAGGAGAGUCACCCAAGAGCUGGAUCUCAGUCAGAGCUUCCACAGACUCAAGAUCUGAUGGUCUCAAACCCAUAAUAACUGGAGUGACUGCAGGACUGACUGUCACAGUUUUGAUCAUUGUCUUCUUGAUCCUGCUGUGGCGCUACAGAAACAACAAAGGUUAA